AUGGCAGCGCGGGCAGAGCGAGCACCACGGGCCCCGGACCUGGCGCUGGUGAUGGCGUUGGUGGCGGCGGUGCUGGUGUGCCAGGCGGCGCCGGCCCAGAGCGCGUGCCCGCCGGGCUGCCAUUGCUUCUUCACCUGGCUGCACUGCCUGGACGGCCGCGCUGGCCUCAGCAGUGUCCCGGCCCUGGUGCUGCAGGAGAGCGAGAACAUCACCGAAAUAGUCAUUGAAAAAGAGCCUGAUCUGAAAAAUAUCACAGAAAUUGAUCUCGCCAACUACAGGGAGCUGAAGAAUCUGACGGUGACAUCUUGCGGGUUGGAAUACAUUUCUGUCAAUGCUUUUCAGCACAACCUCAAGCUCCAGUCUGUGAAUCUGGCUUCAAAUGAGCUCAGACACAUCAGCUGGAAGGUCUUCCACCAUCUUCCCCUUCUGAAUUUGGUUUUGAGUUACAACCCACUGGACUGUUCAUGUGACCACCACUGGCUCCAGCAGUGGCAACUGGGUGGACGUAGUGACCUUGACAGUCAGCCUGUGACCUGUGUGUCCAAUGGGACAGUUACUCCACUGGAGUCCCUGACCAUAGAGAACUGCAGCGUUCCCGAAGUGGCCAUCCAGGCGUUCAGAACGAAAGUGCAGGAGGGAGGGAACCUGACGUUUGUUUGCGAGGUGACCGGCGUGCCCACACCCUCCGUCAGGUGGAACACGGCGCAGCUCCACUCACACUACACCUGGGAGAGGAGACUGUGGGGCUACACUCAAGAGCUGGUCCUCCACCUGGUGAACGUGUCCUCUUGGGACAACCUCCAUAACCUCACCUGUGAAGCAGAGAACAGGGCAGGGCCGGGCAAGGCCAUGGUGCCUCUGAAUAUUGAAUUUGCAGUGAGAAUCCUAUUUCUCCGUGACCCUGAGCAGCAGCAUCACUGGUGCAUCCCGUUCGCGGUGGACGGGAACCCGGCGCCCAACAUCCGAUGGCUGUACAACGGCUCUGACCUGACCUACAACGAGUACACCUACAUGCAGCUCAUCCCCGACUCUGAGGACGGCUCCAUCCUGCACGGCUGCCUCUUCCUCAACAAGCCCACCCACAUAAACAACGGCUACUACACCUUGAUCGUGAACAACACCCUCGGCGCGGACAAUGCCACGACCUGCGGGAAGUUCAUGGAUAACCCUUUUGAUCCAGAGGAUCCAGAGGGUAUCAUUUUUGUCAAACCAACCCCAACCAACCAAUCACCAGAGGAAGUGACAGAGAACUUGGAAAGCAGGGUUUUGGGGGUAUCUCUAGCGGUCGGACUGGCUGUGUUUACCUGCACUUUCCUCCUAAUCAUGGUGCUGGUCAUUAACAAGUGUGGCCAACAUUCCAAGUUCGGCAUCCACCGUUCGUCGGUUCUAGGAACGGAGGACGACCUUGCGGUGUCUCUGCGUUUUAUGAAUUUUGGAGCCAGCCCCCCAUCUUCAGAUGAGGGGACACUGGACUCUGGCCUGUCCAGCUUCGUAGAAAACCCUCAGUAUUUCUGUGGAAUUAUCAAGGACAAAGACAUGUGUGUUCAGCACAUAAAACGGCAGGACAUCGUGCUAAAGUGGGAACUCGGUGAGGGGGCAUUUGGAAAGGUCUACUUGGCAGAGUGUGCCAACCUAAGCCCUGACAGUGACAAGAUGCUGGUAGCCAUAAAGACCCUGAAGGAUGCUAACGAGUCGACACGGCAGGACUUCCAGCGUGAGGCCGAACUGUUGACAGUGUUGCAGCACGAGCACAUUGUGCGCUUCUACGGCGUGUGCACCGACGGCGAGCCCCUGGCCAUGGUCUUUGAGUACAUGAGACACGGGGACCUCAACCGCUUCCUUAGGGCUCACGGCCCUGAUGCGCGGAUCCUUGAUGAGGUGAAGAUGCCCCCGCUGGGCCAACUGACCCUUCCCCAGAUGCUCCAGAUCGCUGCCCAGAUCGCCUCGGGCAUGGUCUACCUGGCAUCCUUACACUUUGUCCACAGAGACCUGGCCACUAGGAACUGUCUGGUGGGAGAGGGCCUGGUGGUGAAGAUCGGGGACUUUGGGAUGUCAAGAGAUAUCUACAGCACAGACUACUACAGAGUUGGCGGGCGCACCAUGCUGCCCAUUCGCUGGAUGCCUCCGGAGAGCAUCAUGUACAGGAAGUUCACCACGGAAAGUGACAUCUGGAGCUUUGGAGUGGUCCUAUGGGAAAUCUUCACCUAUGGAAAACAGCCAUGGUAUCAGCUCUCCAACAGCGAGGCGAUCGAAUGCAUCACCCAGGGCCGGGAGCUGGAGAGACCACGCACGUGUCCGAAGGAGGUGCACCAGCUGAUGCAGGGCUGCUGGCAGAGAGAGCCCCAGCAGCGGCUGGUCAUCAAGGACAUCUAUAGCCGCUUGGUGGCCCUUGUCAAAAACCCCCCUGUCUACCUGGACAUCCUGGAGUAG